UCUUUAACAUUUUCCGCACAAAUUAUAAAACAUGUCUUUUCUCUCCUCCACCGCUCUCUUCUUCUUUAUCGUUCUUCUUAAUCUGAGUUCUUUUCACGCCUCCGAUGGAGCUCAACAAGCUACUUACAUUGUUCACAUGGCGAAAUGUCAGAUGCCCUCGAGCUUCGACCACCACUCUCUCUGGUACGAUUCCUCACUCCGCUCAGUCUCAGAAUCCGCUGAAAUGAUCUACACCUACAACAAUGCGAUUCAUGGAUUCGCCACUCGGCUUACUCCCGGAGAAGCCGACUCACUCAUGACCCAACCUGGUGUCAUCUCGGUUCAACAAGAGCAGAAGUACGAGUUACACACCACUCGAACUCCACUAUUCCUUGGUCUCGACGGACAAAACGCAGGACUAUUCCCCGAAACCGGCGCCUCAAGCGACAUCGUCAUAGGAGUUCUGGACACCGGUAUUUGGCCAGAGAGCAAAAGCUUCUCUGAUGAAGGAUACGGUCCAAUUCCAUCUACAUGGAAAGGCGAAUGCCAGGCUGGGACUAACUUCACCGCUUCGCUGUGUAACCGCAAACUAAUCGGAGCUAGAUUCUUCUCUGACGGUUACGAAAGAGAUUAUGGAAAAAUCAACCAAGCCGACGAGUCGAAAUCGCCGAGAGACGACUUCGGUCAUGGAACACACACGGCGUCAACCGCGGCUGGAAACGUCGUGAAAGGAGCUAAUUAUUUAGGCUUUGCUAGUGGGACAGCUAGUGGGAUGGCUCAUCGCGUCCGAGUGUCUGUUUACAAAGUUUGUUGGAAAAGUGCUUGCGUGAGCUCAGAUAUUUUAGCUGGAAUGGAUAAAGCCAUCGAAGAUAAUGUCCACAUUAUGUCAUUAUCUAUCGGUGGUAAAUCGACAAGUUAUACAGGCGAAAUUUCCAUGGGUGCAUUCUCGGCCAUGGAAAGAGGGAUCUUUGUUUCCUGCUCUGCUGGUAAUGAUGGUCCCAGCCCAUCCAGCUUAUCAAACGCAGCUCCCUGGAUUACUACUGUUGGUGCUAGUAGUAUUGACCGUGAGUUUCCCGGGGUUGUGAUCCUCGGCAACGGAAAGAACUAUACUGGAGUUUCGUUGUUCAAUGGAAAUGCUCUUCCCGCUAAAUUGUUGCCGUUUGUUUAUGGAAAUUAUUGUAGCCGCGGAACACUAAAUCCUGAGAAGGUAAAGGGGAAGAUCGUGAUGUGCAUCAAAGAUGACAGUGUAAGGACUGAGAAAGGGGAGGUGGUGAAAGCUGCCGGUGGACUCGGAAUGAUUCUGGCAAAUGCAGCAGGGAGCGGAGAAGAAGUUCUGGCGGAUGCUCAUGUGUUACCUGUGACCGCCGUGGGACAGAAAGCCGGUGACAUUAUCCGUCGCUACGUCUUGACCGAUCCGAAUCCCACCGCUUCCAUUUUGAUCAGAGGAACGGUCGUGAACGUCCGGCCAUCUCCGAUGGUUGCCGCGUUUAGCUCGCGGGGACCUAAUACGAUAACGCCAAACAUUCUCAAACCGGAUUUGAUAGCUCCUGGAGUCAAUAUCCUCGCCGCAUGGACCGGAGCUCUGGGUCCCAGUGGACUCGGAACCACUUCCGAUACUCGUCGCGUGGAAUUCAACAUCAACUCGGGAACGUCCAUGUCUUGCCCUCACGUGAGCGGUUUAGCGGCUCUCCUCAAGUCUGUGCAUCCGGAAUGGAGCCCCGCGGCAAUUCGAUCGGCUCUCAUGACCACCGCUUACAAUACCUACAAAGACGGCAAACCGAUCCUCGACGUCGCGACGGGAAAACCUUCAACACCGUUCGAGCACGGUGCAGGACACGUGUCGCCCACGGCCGCCGUCAAUCCAGGACUCAUCUACGAUCUAACGACGGAGGAUUAUAUAGAUUUCCUCUGCGCAUCGAAUUACAAUUUGUCGCUGAUCACAAUCAUAUCGAGAGGCAAUUACACUUGUCCAAGAAAAACGCACCCCGCCGCUGAUCUAAACUAUCCAUCGUUCGCCGUUAACGUCAAAGGAUCCGGCACGUACAAGUACACACGCACGGUCACAAACGUGGGAGGAGCUGGUUCGUACACGGUUAAAGUAAUCUCUGAGACAGCAGCAGUCAAGAUUUCGGUUGAACCGGCGGUUUUGAAUUUCAAAAAAGUGAACGAGAAGAAAUCGUACUCGGUUACGUUUACCGUUGUCUCAUCCAUGGCGCCAAGGUCUAACAGCUUCGGGAGCAUUGAAUGGUCAGAUGGGAAACACGUGGUGGCCAGUCCCGUGGCGAUUAGCUGGACAUAGGUGGUCCAUGAAGAAAUAUGGCGACUUGAGUAAGAAGAAAGCCACAGAUAUUGUAAUUUCUCAUGAGCCUUGGAUAUUUAAUGAAAAGUAAAAAAUUGGUAAGUACUAUUUUAGCUGGCUAGUGUGUUAUGAAUAUUCUUAUUUA